ACACUUCAUAAACUGGUUAAAGAGGAAGGGAGAACAGCGGAGAGGUAGGGACGUCUUAUUUUACAUGUUAGAUCUGUAGCUUUGAUCUAGGAAUAUACUUUUACCCUACAAAAAUCAAACAUCCUUAAAUUGCUGCAAUGGAUUUUAAAGCAUUUAUACAAACACAUGUCUAUGAAAAGCAAGCAGCCCCAAAAGAAAAGGACAAAUCCAGUAUCCAGUGCCUUGAGUGCGAUGACAGAAACCUGUAUAUAGGGACCAAAGAUGCAACAGUUCUGCAUCUUAUCUGUCCCAGUCCUGGCCAGAGCAAAAUCAGAGAAGGUAGGGCAAGAAAACUAGGCUCGAGCAACCAAGUAGUCCAACUGAGGGCAGUCCCACUUCUCAACCAUCUGCUGGUCCUGUGGGACAGGAGCGUUACUGCCCUGAACAUGUUCUCCUUAGAGCCUGUUCCAGGUCUGAAAAAGAUCCAGCACGUGUCUUUGUUUGAGGUGUAUGACCCAUUGCUCACAACCCAGACAGCAUGCAUGGAGAUGGUGACUUCCUCCAGCCGCAGGAAGGUGAUCCGGAUCCACGUGGUGGGAGUGGACAGCUGGGAGGUUGUAAAGGAAGUCUCAAUGCUCCAGGACCCUGUAGCCUUGGCGGUAGAUGGUGCCUGUCUAUGUGUAGCUACCAGCGACAGGUAUCUACUCUGUAAUAUUCAGACCGGGAGCAGUGAGGAGCUUUUUCCUCACAAUCACAGCAGGCAGCACGUUGUCGCAACCUCAGUGGGACGAGGGGAAUUCCUCCUAAACGGGCCUGGAUCUUUAGGCAUGUUUGUGAUGAAGACAGGGAUAUGCCAGCGGCCUCCCCUACAGUGGCCUCAGGAGGUGCUGGCAGCCAGCGUAUGUUUCCCUUACAUACUAACCCUGCAGCCCCAAGUGCUGUCUGUCUACAGCAUGGUAGAUCAGCAACGCAAACAGAUUGUGGGUCUCAGCGGCGCAAAGGGUCUGCUCUCCACGUCAGAUGGCGUGUUAGUGUUCACAGAGAGAGACAUUUUCAGCCUGCGUCUGGUGCCAUUCGAAGAACAGAUCCAGGCACUUGUAAAGCUCGAGAGGGUCGAGGAGGCCUUGUUGCUGCUGGAUGGAGUUCAAAGCCGUUGUCCAAUUGACUCAUACAAGGAGCUGCAUAAGGCCAUCACUUGCCUGACUGGAUUUGUUCAUUUUUACCAGCAGGGUUUUUCCAAAGCCAAAGAUCUUUUCAUCAAUGGGGAGCUUGACCCCAGAGAAAUCAUCCGUCUCUACCCUGACAUACAGUCGUGUAUCGGCGAGGACUUUCAAUCCCAGCUUGAUCAAGAGAACAAGGCCAGAGACCUCCAGGUGGUCUGGCAAGAGGACAGGAACACGUUUCAUCAUUACCUGGGCUUCCUGGGAGAUUUUCUCAGUGCAGUCAAGGGGACUGAGAAAGGCCUGGAGUGCAUUAAGGAGGUGGACUGCGCCCUCCUGAGGCUGUACGUAGAACUGGAAGACAAUGAAAAUCUGCAGCAGCUUGUGGCAUUUCCCAAUGAGUGCAGCCUGACGCAGUGUGUUCCUGUUUUGGAGCAACACGACAGAUUUUUCGCAUUAGGUUCCCUCUACCAAAGCCAUGGGAAUCAAAUUGAUGCAAUAAAGACUUGGGUGAAAAUUGCAGAUGACAUCCACAGAGAUUCAUUUUGCUCAGAUGUCUAUGGACACAUAGUGUGGACUCUCAGUCAACUCCAAGACAGAGAUGCUGUGUGGAGAUUUGCAGACUGGACUUUGCAAAAAAACCAGGAGAUAGGUGUGCAGAUUUUCAGCAGGCGUCCAUCAGAUGAUCGAAUUGAGACAGAAGACGUCCUUGCUUUCUUGGAGAAGUACCCACUGGCAUUGCUUUCGUAUCUUGAGUUCUUGAUCCAUAAUUUGAACAGCGAGGAGGUGAGACAUCACAACCGGCUGGCCCUGGCAUAUGUUACCCAGGCGCUGCAGCAGGAAGAGGAAGCAGAUUUGAGGAAGACCAGAGGGAAGUUGCAGGAGCAGCUAUGGGAAUCCAAAUUCUAUGAUGUCACCACUGUGUAUGAGAGAGUCAAAUCAACAACCCUGCAUGCAGAGAAAGCCAUUCUCCUGAGUAGGAUGGAUGAGCACUCUCAGGCACUGCAGGUACUCGUCCACCAGGAGCGAGACCUUCAGGCUGCAGAGGGCUUCUGCUGCAGGGCAUCCCAGGGCCGAGACUCGCAGUUCAGACAGACUUUGCUGCUGACCCUGCUCCAAAUCUACCUGAGCUCCAGGGAUCACACCAGCGCUGCAGUGGAUCUGCUGAACAGUAACACUCGGGUCUUUGCAGCAGAGAAGGUCAUUCAGCUUCUGCCUGAUUCCUGGUCCGUCCAACUAGUCUCCCAGUUUUUUGUUGGAUCCCUCAGAGAGACCUUGCACCAGAGGCGGAUGGCAAGGUUGCAAAAGGCGCUGAGCCAGACGGAGCUCAUGCGGCACAAGGUCGUCUGGACGCAGGCCUCGCAGACAAAGUUCAGACUGGACAAGGGGCAGAAGUGUAAGGUUUGUCAGAGGGACCUUGGAGAGCCACAGUUUGCCUGUAACCUCAGUGGCGAGCUGAUGCACACAAGCUGCACUGGCUUUUCAUCAUCAUAAAGAGAACAGAUAGACCAAUCUAUUGUCUGUUUAUGCGAAUGUGAGCAUCACUGCAAUGACAAUCACAUUCAUUUCUGGCCGGAUAAGUGUCUAGGUCCUACCCGAUAAUUUUUCUAGAUUAGACUGUCAUCUAGGCAAACUCUGUACAAGGAUUCAAUUCAUGGACCUUGCAGCAGACACUUUCCUUAAUUAGAAAAAAGAAAAAUACAUUGUGUAAAUAACUGGUUUCGAAAUGCAAAAGAGCAAGCAGUGCAUUUUUUUAAGGGCGGUAUGUCUGAGCCAUUUCCUAGAGACUUUUCAGACAGCAAUAGCUAUAAAGUGAAUUGUGGAGGACACUCAGGGGCAUAUAUUCACUGAUCAGACAGUGGUGUUUUACAUGGAAACCACCUGUGGUCAACCUGACGACCAGAGGGAAUUUGACCAUCCUCCAACACUGUAUAUAUGCAUCCCCGCCGUCAUGGUUUCCACUGACUGCGUAUAUUUGUCUGCAUAGAGCUGGAAAUAGAAAGUCAACAAAUGAGAGGCUGCACGUGAGAGACUUUUUUAUUCAGCUCGUGCAUUAAUAUACAUUUAUGACCAGAUAAAAAAAGACAUCACAAUUACAGGUUUAAAAAUGAAAAGCAAACAGGUCAGAGAAGUGCAAAGGUUCGGGGUCAUUUCUGAUACUUUUACGACCAGAAAGACAUGUCUGUGCACGCUCUGUGUAUGGAACAUGAAAUCAGAGGCAGUUUCUAACCAGCGUCAACCCUGUAUGAUUACGGAACAUGACAGAAACGUUCGCCAAAUAAUAACACACAAACUCCAGCGUGUCGACAUGUACUGUAUGGAAAUCUUGUAAAUAAACUUAAACACAUAUCAUUAGGUUAAAUGAUGCUCCAGAUAUAUUUGUCUAUUUCUGUUAUAAUUUAGUCGUUAAGGCUAACCAUAACUGACAGUGUUUCUUUAUUUUGAUGCAUUUUGGGGACAGGAGUUAAGGAGACGCCUUAAGGAGCUGGAGCAGUAGUUGUAAGUUUUUUGGCCCGGGGUGAGUGACUAAUUGCAAUGUAGAUAAAUAGUGAAUUAUGAGCAUGUUAGAGGGGAUUAUGUCUUUGUGACGCCCUUGCCAAGACCUCUUCAGUUUUCCUCUUAAAUGAGGUUUUUGUGGGACUUCAUUGUUCUCACAGUUGUGUUUCAUACCGUGGGUGUUACAAAGCCUUUUUUUAGAGUGUAACUAGGAUUAAGGGCUUCAAGAAUACAGUUGACUUAAGCUUCAAUUUGAAACUUCUUACUUUGAGUGUAUAAAUUUAACCUGUGACUCAUCAAAAUAAUCCAUAUCACAGAAAACCCAAGAAAACCGCAUUCCUAGCUUUUCUCUUUCAUGUGGUUGCAGGAAAAUUGCCACGUCCAAUCCCCGCAUAUCGGCUCCUUGUAAUUUUUUGUAAUCUAUGUAUUUCGUUUUAAUCUACUGUUUGGACAUUGUAAGCACUCCUGGAUAAACUGCUAAAAAGGUAUCAGUGCAGAGCAAAGACAAACACAAAGCAUCCACUUCUUUCCUACUUGUUUUGAGAUGUGAACGAACCUCUCACAGUUUAUAUGGACUAACUGUGAGGGCUGCUGCUCUGUGACUGGUCGAGCUUUGGGCCGUGUCUGAUGGCCGGAGACCACUGGGUGGACCCAUGGACAGAAUUAUGUCCACUCCUUACCCUUCUCACGGACAUCCUCUGGGAGUAUUAAUGUUGUUUUGAACACCUGCGGUUAUGCCGUGCCUCAGAAAUGUUUUUCUCAUCUUUGAUGUUGACUAACAGCCAUAAGUAACCAAAAGGUAAAAAUAUACAGACACAACAAGUACACCCUCUUCUACCUGAAUCCAGAAGGCCUGUUUAAAACGUACUGCAUUUAGAGCAACCUCUAAUUGUAUAGAAGAAGUUGAUCUGAGUACUUUCUGUUCAUGUGAAUGUCACACUCUUGCAAUCUGGAGUAGGCGGGGGGUUUUGGACCACUGCAGGGUGCAGCAGGGUGCUGGCCAGAUGGACAUUUUACACAUGAGGGGAGUGGAUUGGAUGCAAAAAGGAACAGUUGUGGAGGAAAGUAUGUUGGGGUAUCCAGACAUUGGUCUCCCAAUAUAUAUAUCCGUUCUGCCACAGGAGGAAAAACAAGAACAUUCUCUUCUUGUACUUUUCUAAAUUUAAGAAGAAAUGUUGGCAGUCUGGACUGUAGGAUGUAUUUGUUUAUAUGUUAACAUAAAGUGGCUAUCAAAUGCAUGAAACACUUUCACUCAUAGAAAAGGGUUCUGUCUGGUGUCCUGAAGGCACUGUAACAACAACAACAACAACAAAAACACAUUUAAAAUGUUUUUAACAGCUUGAUAUUUCAUGAUUUUAACAAAGUUUAUGAGAACUGUGAUUUUAAACUGCUACAGAAAAUGAUGCACUACUUCUGUUUGCGUUUACUUCUGUCUCUGAGCUGUAUGACGUGAUUAAAUACAAUGAAUUUUCCUGUGCUUUAUAUCUGUGAUUGGUGCUGAUCGUAUUUUUAAGCUACACUGGACCUCCCAAUUCCCAAUAAAUCUUUUUGGGUUUCUUUCA